AUGAUUGUCUUUAUUUCAACAGAACGACCAAAAGUCAUUGAUCCACUAGACAAGCCUUUCAACCAAAACGUGACUGUCGGUGCGGAUGCUAUAUUUCGAUGCAACCCGACCGCAGAUCCCAAACCUGAAAUUGAGUGGCUGGUGAAUGGCAAAAAGUGGCAAGCUGCGACGGAGAUAAUAAAAGAGCCGAAGGAUGUUAUCUAUGAUCCCAAUUCAAAUGCCACGUUUGAGUGCGAAGCCAUAACUGACCGAGACACCACGGUGACCUACACAUGGUUGCUAAAUAAUCAAAAGAUUGAGGACGGGUCCGUUAAAACAGAUCAGAGUGUUUUAUUUCUAGAUUUAGCCAAUUUACCAAAAAACGGAAGAAAAUAUAUUGGAGAGUGGACAUGCAAUGCUUCAAACUCUUACAGCUUUGAUGUUAAACGUGCGAGUCUCAUUGACAAAUCCGCUGGUUACAUAUGGCCUUAUUGGUGGAUAAUACUGUUGAUCCUCAUUCUGUUCCUCUUGGCGCUCUUCCUCAUUUGCCUUAUUUGCUGCUGUUUGUAUCGCAACAGAGGUGACCAAUAUCUCGUCGAUGAAAUUGAGCAUAAAAAUGGAAACGACCCUGAGAAAGAAUUGAUUGCUUCUGGAUUCCAUGACUAUCAGCGAGACCGUUCUGGCAGUACUGGUACUUUAUCAUCUCAAGAGAGAACCCUGACGAAACAAAAAAGAAGCCAAGGAUCAUUGGGGGGUUCUCAGUCGAGACUCGCUGACUUUGCCAAUUGA